AUGGAAUCCUCCUUACUGCCCAAGCUCCGCCGGACGGUUGAGAAAGUCGUCUCGGAAGCUGCUGUCCCCCACGGAUCACUUGAACGAGGAGAGUUCACAAUGGGUUCCGCGAGGCAAACGAUAAGUCAGCUCAUGGGGUUGGGCAAGAAAGGACUGGAUGUAGACGAAUGGAGAGGUCAAGUGAAGAAGCUUGUCCAAGAGGCUAUCGAUCGACUGGGUGAAGAAGGAUCUGAACAGGAGAGUGGAACUGGAUCCCCUGGACCUUCUGCAUCUACAUCCAGUGCUGAGUCUCCUCCGCCGAAGAAGGCAAAGAGGAAGCCGAUAAAGGAGAGUGGGGCAUCCAAGUCCACAGCGAAGCAUGGAAAAGCUGGUCCUAGGGAGAAGAAGAGAAACGCAGCCAAAGAACCAACACCAGACUCGGAAGCAGAUAUACAACCAAAGUCUCCACCUGGAUCUGAUGAUGAACGAUCGUUAAGGCAAGAAGCAGAAGCCCAAGGCUCGGAAUCUGAAAUGUCCUCCGUCUACGACGUAUUGCCGACCAAGAACCGACGGGAACGCAAGUCUAGAGGAGGAGAAGAAGAUUCCGCGAGUGACAUCAAGAAGUCCAAGGCUUCGAGGAAGAGUAAGACGAAGAAGGAUCCCAAUGAAGGCCUCCCGCCGGAUGAAGCUAAGAUUGCGGAUUUGAAGCGAUUCGUGGUGGCUUGUGGAGUCCGGAAGCAAUGGGGUAAAGAGCUGGCGGACUGCCCGACCGCUAAAGAUCAAAUUCGACAUCUCGAAAGUCUGCUUAUCUCUCUCGGUAUGAAAGGGAAACCGACAAUGGGCAAAGCAAAGGCCCUGAAAGAACAACGCGAACUAGCGGCGGAGCUCAACGAUGUCAGGCAGUUUGAAGCUGCCCGCGGUGUUUCUUCGACGGAGGGUGGGACGAAGAGCCGUGCAAGGAAGACCGGGGCCCUUGAGUCUGAUGGUGGUGAUGAAGAUGAUGAUGAUGAACAGAACGUGCCAAAGCCAAAGUCCGCCUUGGCCGCUGUGAUGGACUUCUUGGGCGAGGAUGACAGCAGUGACUGA